UAUUGGUAGCACAUCACCGUAGCACGAAUUCACAAACUGCUACUAAAAGUGUCUAGUUGGAAUGUCUUACUUUAUUGCAGCGUUAAAGUAGUGUUAUGCAGCAUUUUGUAGGAUUUUUAAGAAGCGGGAAGUCAAAAAUCUAUUUUUUAAUCUCUGUAACAUUUACGAGCGCCAAAUACUUAGUGAAAAAACACAUUUGGCACCAUAAUAUUUGGCUUUGUAGAAAUAAUUUUUUUUUGUUCUCGUAUGUGUUGCGAAAUGAGAUUUGGGUUUUCAAAUUGAAAUUGAAGAGUAUUAGAUCUCUUCGCGAGACUAAGCCACGAAGGAGCUUGUGUCGGAGUUGCAGUGACGAUAACUCCAAAUCUCGUCCCCAAUGUCUGCCUCACCGGCGAAUAUGAAGUCUCUCCACGGUUUCUUUCUUCUCUCACAUGUGGUCCCCUCGGAGGCGUGCGGCAGAGGAGGAGCUUCGGAGGCGGCGAAGAAUCAGAAACCAAUUGCAGCGGUGGAGGCAAAAUCGAACAGGCAGAGAGAGAUUCCGGCGGAGUCUCCCGGAUUAGGCUACGGCGGCGUUGUUGAGGUGAAGACCAAGAAUCACAGGCUCUGGGCGGCUCUGUCUCGCGACGAGAUCGAGGAAGACGUGUUCAGCAUGAUGGGAACAGGCCGUCUCAGUCGACCGCGAAAGAGGACGAAGACCUUGCAGAAAUAUCUCGAUGUUAUCUUUCCUGGGUUGUGUCUUGUGAGGAUGAAUGCUGAUUGCUUCAGGGUAUCCACUUCUCGCGCUAAGGUAUGUUUAGGCUUGUUGAAUCAACCUGCCCAUUUUAAAGCUACAUUGAUCCGUAAGACUGUAUGAAGUAGACUGUUAUGUCUGAAGAGCUUAAGCAAGCUUUAGAUCUGUCUUUGUAGAUCUUAGGACCAUGAAUAUGAUAUAAAGUUUACAUUUUUAUUGAUUAUUUUGACCAAUGAGUGCUUAAUAUAUAGUUAGUAGACAAAAUUAUGGCUUUGAAGUCUCAGUUCCAGUUAUGGUUUGUGAUUUCUGAUCUUUUUGGCAUUGCUUUUCAUUGUGUUUGUCUCUGUAUCUAUGGACGUUUGGGAUCGUAUAUAUCUAGGGAUGCUGUUUAUACUUUGAUAAUUGUUACAGUGCAGUUUAAGCUGAGAGCCAUGUUUCGUUCUUGCUCUCUUUAUGAUCUUUUAUGCAACUUUCAUGUGACUAUUUCCCAAGUAGGCAAGUAUGAGGGUGAUAUUAAUUUGACAUAUAGCGUUGGUAGAUCAAAUAGUUAAAAGUUGUAAUCUUUCUAUGCAGAUUAUCAUUGAGUGUCCUCUACACAUCUUACACAGUUUGAAACUUUAGUCACUGAUCUCUAUUUAGCAUUUAGCAUUCUUCAGUGGU